CCAGGCAGCCAAGGCCCGGUCCGUCAUGGUCCUCUUUUGGCCAACCCCUGUGGACCCAGCUAUGGUGCUCACCUCAACUGCAAUAACAACAAUGGCAUGGUGGUGCCCAAGGGGUACCUCAGCGGCCACUGCUUGAAUAACGUGGUCCCUCCAAUCAAAUCGGAGCCCAAGGCCUCCUAUGCACCUGGCACUUUACCCGACUCUCCCCCGGACUCUGGAUCAGAAGCCUACUCCCCCCAGCAGGUGAAUGAUCCUCAUCUCCUCCGGACCAUGACCCCCGAAAACAUGUGCCACAUGACCCCACCUUCCCGGCUGGAGCACCCUCCCCCACCUCCCCACCUUCAGGGUCCCCCACCACCUCCACCGCAUCCACACCAGCAGCAGCACAACCCCCACUAUCCCAGUGUGCAGCGGGACAUGUUCAUGAAACCUGAGCCGCUGAUGCCGCCGUACGUCAUUGGACAAGGCAUGUCCCCGGGCGAUCUCCACCACGCCCAGCAAUCACAGAUGCUUCACCAGCUCCUGCAGCAGCACGGAGCAGACCUCCCAGUUCACCCAGCCAAGAAGAGGAAACACUCAGAGUCGCCCCCCAACACACUCAACGUACAGAUGCUCAACGGGAUGAUAAAGCAGGAGCCAGGGCUAAUUCAGGACAAUGACAGCUUAAACGGCUCCUACCUGGAUCCUAACUACCAGUCUAUAAAGUGGCAGCCACAUCAGCAGAACAAGUGGGUGAUUCUCUACGAUGCCAACUACAAGGAGCUCCCCCCACCCACCUACCGAGUGGAUGCUGACAAAGGGUUCAACUUCUCCGUGGGUGACGAUGCCUUCGUGUGCCAGAAGAAGAAUCACUUCCAGGUCACGGUCUACAUUGGCAUGAUUGGAGAUCCGAAGUACGUGAAGACUCCUGAGGGCCUGAAGCCCCUCGACUGCUUCUACCUGAAGCUGCAUGGAGUGAAGUUAGAGGCCUUGAACCAAUCGAUCAACAUUGAGCAGUCACAAUCUGACCGCAGCAAACGGCCCUUCAACCCUGUCACGGUCAACCUGCCUCCAGAACAGGUCACAAAGGUCACUGUGGGGCGGCUGCAUUUCAGCGAGACCACGGCUAAUAACAUGAGGAAGAAGGGCAAGCCCAACCCUGACCAGAGGUACUUCAUGCUUGUGGUGGCCCUCCAGGCCCAUGCCCAGAACCAGACCUAUACGCUGGCUGCCCACAUCUCUGAGCGCAUCAUCGUCAGACAAAGGGCCAGUUCGGGGGUAAAACACAAACGGAGGGCGGACGGGGACCCCGGAGUCUGCAGACAAGCCUCUAACCCGGGUCAGUUUGAGAGUGACAGCGACGUCCUCUGGCAGCGGGCUCAGCUCCCUGACACGGUCUUUCACCACGGCCGAGUCGGCAUCAACACUGACCGCCCAGAUGAAGCCCUGGUGGUCCAUGGCAAUGUGAAGGUCAUGGGAUCGCUGAUGCACCCGUCAGACAUCCGAGCAAAAGACGAUAUCCAGGAGGUGGACACCACAGAACAGCUGAAGAGGAUCUCCCGUAUGCGGCUGGUGCACUAUAACUACAAGCCAGAGUUUGCCGCCACUGUGGGCAUUGAAAGCACGUCUGAGACAGGUGUCAUUGCUCAGGAAGUGAAGGAGAUUCUUCCCGAAGCAGUGAAAGACACUGGGGACAUGGUCUUUGCCAAUGGGAAAACCAUCGAGAACUUCCUGGUGGUGAAUAAGGAGCGGAUCUUCAUGGAGAACGUCGGGGCGGUGAAGGAGCUCUGCAAACUGACCGACAACCUGGAGACCCGCAUUGACGAGCUGGAGCGGUGGAGUCACAAGCUGGCUAAGCUCAAGCGGCUGGACAGCAUGAAGUCAACAGUCAGCUCUGGGGCGUUCAGCCAAACAGGAAGUCAGUUCAGCCGUGCAGGAAGUGUGCCCCACAAAAAGAGGCCCCACAAAAUGGCCAGCAAGUCGCCGUCUGUUGUCACGGAACAAGCCUGCAUCAGCCAGCGCUUCUUGCAAGGCACCAUCAUCGCCCUGGUUGUCGUCAUGGCGUUCAGUGUGGUGUCCAUGUCCACCCUCUACGUGCUCAGCUUGCGCAAUGAAGAGGAACUCGCAGAUAUUGAUGGAUUAAAUCAGAACUUUGAUAAGACUCAGCUUGUUUCUUCCACGGCUUCAUCAGACAAACCUAGUGACAGCACUUCCCCGCACCCUGUGACAUUGAAUGGGCCUGACUCUGCCUAUCGCUUGCCUGGCCGUAGCGUAGCCGUAUGUUUCAGCCCUCCAUGUUUCUCCAUGUGCUGUUCUGCUGCUCCCGCCAAUGCCUCUGCGGUUGCUGUCUCUGAGAGCAGCCCCACGCAUGCCCCCAACCGGACAGACCACAUCCACACCUCCCUCCUGCCAGCAAUGAGUAUCAAAGCCAAAUCAAGAGGUGUGACGGGGAAGGUGACCUCUCACGCCAAGUGGCCAAAGACGCCGGAGCGGUCGCAGGGCUUCGGCAGCCCCAACGCCAGCCCCUCCUCCCCCUUCACCCACAUUCAGAGCAAAUCCAAAUACAUCUCCAGCUUCUCGCUGUCACAAAACAGCUUCCCGCUGGGGCAGACCCGGCAGCAGCGCAGCAUCACUCAGCCUGCCAGCCAGCAGCCCGGCAUCACGAGCACUGGGCAGGACGGGCCAGAUGCUUUGCUUCGCUCCAUCCGGAUUGUGGAGAAUGACAUGGCCAUCACUCCCCACUAUUGUGCAGCCAGGGACGCAUGCAGGAGAGGAAACGUUACCUACCGCAUCCCCAUCAGUCCGUCCACAGCAGUGAACACCAACGUGACCUUGGAGAUGAAUGCCUCCUCUGCUGUGUCCAUCUACCUUUGUGGCCUCCAGUCCAGUGACCCAUGUCAGAACACAAUGAGCGUGGACAGCUCCACCAACACCACAGACACCCAGGAAAUGACACAGCGUUGGCCCAUGGUGAUGCUGUCUUUCCGGGAGUUCACCUACCACUUCCGAGUAGCCCAGCCUGGCAAAGCCAACUGUAGUACCAUCCCGGAGCACAUGGGGCACCUCUUCACUGACUAUUAUUUCCAGUUUUACUGGCUCUGUGAGUGAGUCCCAGCAGCACCAGUGCCCUUUGCUGGGAGAGAAGAGGGGGACUGGUGAAACCUAUCAGAUUGCCACAUGCCUUCCUCUGUAAACCUCCAAGCCCCUUUCUGCUCCCACCUUCCCCUUGGGGCUCUGAGCUACUUUGGUUCUGUCCUGGGGAUGAUAUAGACACUGAAGUGCUCCAUAAGGAAUAUAGGAACUCUGCCAGGAGCAACACAGCCAGCCCCAGGGAUCUACUGGACAUGCUAACCAAACACCAUAGCCCACAAUCCUGGGCAACUGUGUCCGUGUCCAUCUCCUUCCCUUCUGGAGACACUGGCACCCUUCUCCCUCUGCUACACUGGAUUUGAAAGUGUUACACUGGAUCAUGUGUGGACAGGCUUGUCCCAACCUCUAGAGCUGGGAACAACAGCCUGAGAGGUCUAUCGGUUCCUGUAGCAAUGCAGCAGCUCUCUGCAACACUGGAAUUUACCUUCCAAGACUGGAGCUCUUGUCAAUGCUGAAACACUGGAAUUCCAUCCUGAAAAGAGGGCUCUGCCUGGACAUACUGGAAGUCAUACACUGGAGUUGCUGUUCUUCUGGUCAGCCACUGGAUAUUUUCCUGCCUCCUACUCCAUAGGAUUCCUGGUGACAUUGGGAUGCUCCCAUAGACAGCAGAGAGAAACCCUGCCAAGGAGGGGGCUGCAGAGGGAACACGGUUCUCCUUGAUCCCUUUCCUCCCUGCCCUGUUUCCUACACUCCAUGCAGACCAGAUCUGCAGACAGAUGAACUUAAGAACCCCACAAAACCCCUAGUCAGCCUGUGCCAGCCUGUUGGCAAGGGCUUGCCCUUGAUUCCCUGCCCCCUCAGGAAGUGGGGAGAAAGAGGCACCUUGGGAGCAGAGUCACCCCCGCCCACACACAAUACAUCUAUCUCAGGAGCCAGUUUGCAGGUGUUUGUGGCUGUACCCCAUAUUUCUGUGGUUGGGGUGGGGACUGUUCCUGUUACUCUAGAGUAGCUAGAGCUGGCUGGUCCCAGGGCCAACCCCACAGAACAUCCCUGAAGCCCAGGUUCACCCUGCCUGCCUCUGCUCAGGGGUGCCAAAGGGAGGCCACCAGCACGGACUGCUCUGCAGAAUGGGAGUGGGGCUCCUGGAGACUCAGGUGACUGGUUUCACUGCACCUACUGGUGAACACCGCUCUGUUCCCAACAGGUCUCUGCAAAGCAAGGUGGCCCCCUACCGAUUUCCCCUAGGAGGGGAGGGGGCAGGUGAGAAGGCCUGGUCCCCUUGCCCCCUGGGUAAGCUGGUGAGUGUAUUAUGGGUAUUUUACUGUUACAAGAUUUUAACUUGCUAAACUACUGAAUUGUUUUAAAGCAGUAUAAAAACAGGCCUCUUAAUUCUGUCCUUACUGAUCUAUUUGUGUCUUACAUAGGAAACCAAAGGGGGCGAGUGCUGAGCCCCAGCCUGACAGUUAUACUGGUGAUGGGGGAGUUAGGACCUAUCAGACUUUGGCAGCUCUUGUGUGUGUGUGUGUCUUUCUCUCACCCCAGCACUUUUCACCAGCGGGGGAGGGAAACUUCUGCAUUCCUGCAGUCUGACACUGUGCCAGGGUAAUCCUGUGCCCGGUUCUGUACGAAAGUGGCAGCAGCCUCUGGAGAAAGGGAAGGGCAGGCGGAGGAGUAAGGAAGGCAGCUGGGGUGGAAACGCCACUCUGCAAUGCUGAACCAAAGCACAAAGAUGGCUCCAAAGGCACAAGUGUUCUUCCCUUUGCAAAGUGCCAUCACCUGAUGUAGGCAGCUUUUACCAAACUGGGGCUGGGUAGCUGUGGCAGGGACUCCGACAACUCUUUUCUU